CCUCACUCUCACUCGGCUCAGUCGCUCCAAGAGCUGUCACGGAAAGGCACGAGAAACAAGCCCACGCGUGUGUUAGGUAGCCCACCCUCUCGUCGGGCUCUGCCGGUACGCUCCUUGCAGGUUUGCGGCGGUCGUGACUCGGCCAAGGAGGCGGCGGAAAGAGCGAGCGGUUCGCCGGCGGAGGUGAAGGACGAGGUGGGGAGACAAAAAAGGCGCCCAAGACGAAUUGCGGCUGACGAUGAAAGACUUCAAAGUCAGAGAAGCCCAACACGAGAGUCCGGAGAAACGAGAGUGACGGCAGACUUCCAGACGCAACAUAAGCAGAGCGAGAAGAGGGCAGUGGGCCAUCUGCUAUUCUGCAGCUGCGGCCGAGUCAGCAACUACGUCUCGGCUGCCUGGGGACUUUUAAAAGGAGGAGGAGAGAAAAGAUUUCUUCCAGCCAGCCACGGAGCGGCCAAGUCCGGAGCCAUGCUGAAGCCUCGCUGGCAGCGCCGGAGGCCCGCGGGGGGAAGGCUGAGAGCCCAGCUGGACGUUCCGCCGCCGCCGUCCUGCUUCGCUGUCAUUAGUGGAUAACGAGCUGCCGCGAGAGAGGAAGCGGAGAAGCGCCCCGUGGAGAACCUCGCAGCUGUUAUCGAGAUCGCCGAGUUCUUAUGCCUCACCUUCGCAACGGGACUUUUUAAAAGUGGAAAUUCCAUUUUUUUUUUUCCCUUCUUGUAUGCCCUGACGGAUUAGUUGGGUGACAUCGGUCACCAUGGCAGCAGCGUACCGUGUGGUGGUGAGCAGCGUGAGCUGCUACAACAGCGUGGUGGUGGACCGACGCAAGCAUUCCCACGCUGUGCACUAUUGCUCGGGCCCGUGCAGGACGCUCUCGCAGGGGCUGGAAUGUUCCGUGGCCCAUCACGGCACCUGCUCGGAGGUGCUGGUCGCGCCCGACUCGCCCUCCAGGUGCUUGAGCGCCCAACACCACGCUAGGACGAGUGACUGCGGUGCCCUGGAGAGGGCGGGGAGCAACGGAAAUCUGUAUAUCGGGGAAGAGGGCAACGCGUGGCGAGGAAAAAAGUUGCCCAUUGGCGGAGGAGCGACGGGCAACCUGAGCUGCGGCGGCUACGGAAGCCUCAAGGACAUCACGGAAGAAGCCAUCAAUCUGGCCAGCGGGAAGCUCAAAGAGUUUUCCUUCGACAAGCUACGUCUCUCCUCUUCCAGCCACGUGACUUUCCGGAAAGGUCGCAAGGUCCGCCCCGACUCCUUCAGCCGUCGCUCCACCGAUCUGGAGAUCAUCUACGGCCACUUCAGCUCCGGUAACGCGUCGACAAACGGCGCGGCCGUAGCGCCCGCCGACGAGAACUCGCCGCCGCUUUUCGAGACGAAAUUGAAGGGCGGUUCGUCGGCUAUCACCAAAGUAAACAAUUCAAGCGGCAUCGGGUCGCUGGAGCAAAGUGUCAACACUCUAGCUUCUCUUUACCGCAACACUCUCGGGGAGGAGAAUUUGAUUGCUCGUCUGUUGGAGAAAACGUGGGGCGAGGCGGCGGCCGCCGGUGGCGGCGGCGGGGAGGACAUUCGCGCCUGCCUCGACAUCCUGCUCAAAUGCUCGGAAGACCUGAAGAAGUGCACCGACAUCAUCAAGCUGUGCAUCCGACGCAAAGCCGGCGGAGGUCCCCAGGAUGGAGGCGCCAGUCCCGACAGCGUGUACCGGGCCCUGAUGACCCGACUCAGCAUGUAUCUGAAGAGACUACCUCUGGAGCUGGAAGGGAUCGGAGGUGGCGGGCACGGCGAUCUGACGGAGCUGGUCAACAGUCUCCACUCGCUCCAACAAGCGCCCUUCUCGCCUAUAUUUGGCGGCGAGCAGCCUCCGCGUUACGAGGACGUGGUGCGCUCGCCUCCCAACGCAAAGCCCGCUCCUCGCAUUUGCGUCCAGAGCUCGCCACCCAAAGCACUCACCAACGGACUCCAGCAUUCACAUCCCCCUUCAUCCAUCACGCAUCACAACCUGCUCCCCGCUCCCGUCACGAGUUCUCCGUCCAGUCCGACACACUCUCCGUCCCGUCUCGGAGUCUCGCCGACGCCGCCUCCGGGAUCCCCCAUGGAGGCGCUUUACAUCGAGGAGGAAGAUGUCGAUACAGGUAAGACAUCUGGACGGGUCGCAUCUCAGAGAAACAAAAUAUGGACUGAAUUUCUUUCUCGUUUAGACUCGUGCGGCAUCGGCCACACCGCCGCGAGACCUUCGACCAACGCUCCGGCGCACCGGAACGACGACAUUGACAAACUGCUGAUGGAUUUGGAGAAUCUUUCUCAGAGCAUGAGCAACCCCAGGAGUACCGAGCCACCACUUCCGGUCAAGACCCGCAAGCGAGGCGGUGGCGCAGGCCUUGGGAUGGUGUCCGCCGAAGCCCAGCCCAAAAUCUCCCAGUUCCAAAUCAAAACCAGCCACCCGACGGUGAACGGCACCAGUUCCAAAGCUCCUCAGGGAGAAAGCCGCAAUGUGCUCGCAGGCGACGAACCGGAGGACGGCGCCUUACUCUUGAGAAUCUUGGAGAGCAUUGAGAGUUUCGCCCAGGAGUUGGUGGACUCGGGGGCGGGGAGCACCGGGAGCGCCGAGAGGAGCAGCGGCAAGGAACGCGAGGUGAUGAAGCUCCUGCAAGGUACGCUGGCCUCUGCCAGCAGGCCCGACAUUGACGGUUCCGCCGGACAAAUUGAUCCGGCGGGCCGUCCGGCGGAAACGGAAACCGCUCCGGCCGUACCUCCAAAGCUCUCCGCCCGAACACCCUCAGUUCCAGUCACGCCAAAAGUUCCGGCCGAAGACGUUGGCACGGCGACAACUGCACAUCCGCCGACCCCCGAGGCCGCAUCGGCGAAAGCAAACGACAGCGUUUCCGAAGCCCCUUCGCUCCAUCCCAAAUCCUGCCUUGCGCCUCCUGCCAGUCCGGGGAACGACGCUGCGCCUGAAGUCCCGCCCACCAGCCCGGCCGUGGUCGUCCACAGAGAUCCGGCCGGGGACGUUCCGGCUUUGAGGGGCUCAACUCUGCUCAUCCAGCAGACUCCCGAAGUGAUCAGGGUCCAGUCCAAAGCGGAGAAGAAACCCGGCACGCCACCCCCGGCCCCCGCACAGGCAUCCACCGUCCCGCAUGCCUCAUCGCACCGCUCGCCCAGCCCGCCGCCAGCAGCUCCGGUGGUCAUCUCCCCUCCUCCUCCCCCUCCUCCUCCUGCCAUCAACAUUCCCAGGUUCUACUUCCCAAGUGGGCUUCCUGCCGUCGGCCCCCCGGCCAACCACGACGCGGCCAUCGGCGCCAUCGAAGAGACCUUCGCCGAGUUUGAGGAAGAGAAAGCCGACAUUUACGAAAUGAGCAAGGUCGCUAAGGUGUGCGAUUGUCCGCUGUACUGGAAGGCGGCCAUGUUCUACGGCGCCGGCGGCGAGAGGACAGGCUUUGUCUCCGUUCACUCCUUCAUCGCCACCUGGAGGAAGUUGCUGCACGGUUGCCACGACGACGCCUCAAAGUUUGUCAACCUGCUGGCCAAACCCGGCUGUCGGUACCUGGAGCAGGAGGACUUCAUUCCUCUUCUGCAGGACAUCGUGGACACGCAUCCUGGACUCACGUUUCUGAAGGAUGCACCCGAAUUUCAUUCCCGCUACAUCACAACGGUCAUUCAGCGGAUCUUCUACGUGGUGAACCGUUCGUGGACAGGCCGCAUGUCCAUGACGGAGCUGCGGCGCAGCAACUUCCUGCAGACGCUGGCGCUUCUGGAGGAGGAGGACGACAUCAACCAGAUCACCGACUACUUCUCCUACGAGCACUUCUACGUCAUCUACUGCAAGUUCUGGGAGCUGGACGGCGACCACGACCUCUACAUCGACCACAAGGACCUGGCCCGAUACAACGACCACGCGUCCUCCAACAGAAUCAUCGAGCGGUUGUUCUCGGGCGCCGUGACGCGGGGCAACACCGUGCAGAGAGAAGGUCGCAUGAGCUACGCUGACUUUGUCUGGUUUCUCCUUUCUGAAGAGGACAAGAAAAAUCCCACUAGCAUCGAGUACUGGUUCCGUUGCAUGGACGUGGACGGCGACGGCGUCCUGUCCAUGUUCGAGUUGGAGUACUUCUACGAAGAGCAGUGCGAGCGCAUGGAGCGAAUGGGCAUCGAACCGUUGCCCUUCCAAGACCUGCUGUGUCAAAUGCUCGACUUGGUCAAACCAGAGAGUCCAGGCAAAAUCACGCUGAGUGACCUGAAGCGUUGCCGCAUGGCUCACAUCUUCUUUGACACCUUCUUCAACCUGGAGAAAUACUUGGACCACGAACAGAGAGAUCCCUUUGCUGUGCAGAAGGACCUCGACAGCGACGGUCCAGAGCCGUCCGACUGGGAUAAGUACGCCUCGGAAGAGUACGAGAUACUUGUGGCGGAGGAGACUGCCAACGAGCAGAUUCACGAAGGGUCAUUUGAGGACGACUAUGACCUGGACGAUCUCCAGGUCCCUGCUGAGAUCGGGAAUAAGAUGGAAAAACUGGUCAUUUCGGACCUGACGGCGUGAAAAUGCCCAUUGACUUUUGGAUGGAUGCGCUCCAUCCAAAAUAGAAUAUGGACAUCCGUUUUAUGAUGAUGAUGAUGAUGAUGAUGACUCAUUUUUUUUUCCAGUGAAGAUGGACUCAUGUUCACGGUUGACUCACAACAAAACGGAUGAGUGAGACAUUGAUAAGCUCUUAAAGGAACACAGUACACUUAAAAAAAGCUAUACAGAAGACGAAUGUAUUUUUUUUUUUAUCAAAUAUUGACAAUCAUGCGCAGACACAUCAUAUAACACGCAAAAAAAAUUACUCAAUUUUCUAGGUUUUUUUGCAUGACUUUGGAAAGAUUUUAGUAUAAUGGAAAUGUUCGUUUUUUUUAAACAAAUUUGCAAUUUUUUCAUAAAAUUGAUGCAAAAUGUGACAAAAAUAUUUCCACAAGGCUUGAUAGAUUUUACCUGAAAUUUUUGACCGAAACAUUUGGCCCAAACAGAAUUUCUGCACGACUUUAGAGAUUUUGACUCAUUUCUGAAUUUGGGGGUUCAUUUUAUUUUUUUUCAAAGAAGCUGUUAUUUAUUGUUUUAUCUUAACUUUGUUGUUGUUGCCAAAGAAAUGUUGUUUAAGCUCUUUAUUGCAACUACACACUCAGCGGACACUUUAUUAAGUACACUUACACAGCCUUCAUGUAGCUAAGUACAGUGUUAGUGCUCUUGGUAUAUUACUCAAAAUGAAACAUUUCAAAAAAAGAAAUAAAAAAUCCAAUUAUAAUGUGCAGGUAAACCUAAUGUGUCCAGCGAGUGUCAAUUUCAGUUCCUAUUUAAUAUCCACAAAUGAACAUGUGUGUAAAUAUACCUUUUAUAACAGUUCUAAUGCUCAACAUGCACAAUGCAGCUACAAAAAAAAACAACUGGUUCAUUGAUGUGUGCUUGUUGUGUUAACACGGCUUAGAGAGUGUGUGCUUGGGAAUCUAGAGGUGUGUGUUUAUGGCUUUGUGUCCAUUUUUGUAGCUACAUAGCCACUGUAAAUGUGCCCGGCUAUGUCUUUAUUGAUCAUUAUUAUUAUUAUAGUAAUAAUAAUAGUAACAAGAAGCCAUUUUAAAUGUCUUUUUUUUCUUUUUUACAUGAUUUUUAUUGCAGUGCCACUGUGUGGCUCGGAUUCAAUUUGAUCUGGUGUGUGUGUAACUGACAAUCAUUACGACUAACUACACACAAGCAGCACAUGUCAGUUAUGUCAAGCCAUGUCAGGACUUUUAUUCUGAAACUACUGUGAGAGGAAGUGAGUUAGCUUUUAUUUGGAUAAGCUUCCUAUCAUUAGGGUUUGUGUAGCAGGCUUUUUUUUUUUUGCUCUGUUUAGUUUGUGGCAUUGGCUGCUUUGGUUUGAAGCUCAAAAUGUUCAAAUAAAGACUUUUAAAAUGUCCAA